UGAGAAGCGCUAUAAAAUUACCCACCCUGACCUGUUAGGAGAUAACAUCUUCGUCGCCGAGACAGCUUCGAGAUCUACAAUAGUGAAUAGACUUGGAAUUAAUUUAGGCCAAGUAUUUGAAGUUGUGGUCUGACCAAUAUGGCAGAGGAGAAGAUUGCAAUUGCGAGAGAUGUGACUGAAUUGAUAGGUAACACACCAUUGGUGUAUCUUAACAACAUUGUGGAUGGCUGCGUUGCUCGUAUUGCUGCCAAACUAGAGAUGAUGGAACCUUGCUCUAGUGUUAAAGACAGGAUUGGGUACAGUAUGAUACAAGAUGCAGAGGAGAAGGGCCUCAUUCAGCCUGGCGAGAGUGUCCUAAUUGAGCCUACCAGUGGUAAUACUGGUAUUGGCUUAGCAUUUAUGGCGGCAGCCAAGGGUUACAAGCUGAUUAUUACAAUGCCUGCUUCUAUGAGCAUGGAAAGGAGAAUUAUUCUCCGAGCUUUUGGAGCAGAGUUGGUUCUUACAGAUCCUGCCAGGGGCAUGAAAGGGGCUGUUCAAAAGGCAGAAGAGAUAAUGGCAAAGACCGCUAAUUCCUAUAUGCUUCAGCAAUUUGAAAACCCUGCCAACCCAAAGAUCCACUAUGAGACCACUGGACCAGAAAUUUGGAAAGGCUCGGGUGGCAAAGUUGAUGCCUUUGUUUCUGGGAUAGGAACAGGAGGAACAGUUACAGGUGCAGGGAGGUACCUUAAAGAGCAAAACCCGGACAUUCAGCUAUAUGGUGUAGAACCAGUUGAAAGUGCAGUUUUAUCUGGAGGGAAGCCUGGCCCUCAUAAGAUUCAAGGAAUUGGUGCUGGUUUCAUCCCUGGAGUAUUGGAUGCCAAUUUACUUGAUGAAGUCAUUCAAAUAUCAAGUGAGGAAGCUAUUGAAACUGCUAAAGUUCUUGCCUUGAAAGAAGGUUUGCUGGUAGGGAUAUCAUCUGGUGCAGCAGCAGCAGCUGCAAUUAAGAUAGCUAAGAGGCCUGAAAAUGCUGGAAAACUUAUUGCCGUCAUCUUCCCCAGUUUUGGAGAGCGUUAUCUGUCAUCUGUGCUGUUUGAUUCCUUGAAGAAAGAGGCAGAGACCAUGGUUUUUGAGCCCUGAUGUGUUUCCUACGCUUCAGAAAGGUGCUCAUGUGUCUUCAUUCUGAAACGUGAAAAAGAAAUCAUAAUUUAAGGGUUGCAAUGCAGUUUUCGUCGUUAUUUUCUUGCGUUGGGGGUUUACUUUAUCAUGGCUUUUCAAUAACUUUUGCAAAUAUUCCUGUAGUUCAGUUGAUGUUUUCACUUUAAAAUGUCAUCUUGACUGGCUUGGACUCAUAGCUCCGUACUGUAAAAAUAAAAACCAGAGCUUGCACAGAAUGUGUUCGAA